UGUGAUGACUGUCUUAACUACAGAAGUUUGGUGAUUACAAGAGUUCAAAGAGCAGCAGAGUCCCAGAGAGCAGCGGUAUCACUGACCUUACUGCCCUUUCCAUGGAUUUACACCUAGAGCUAAUGGUUUUUCAGCACAGACUCACUCUCAAACUAUCUGACUCCUGGCCAGAAGAGAUCAGUUUGAUGGAGAGUAAGAAGUCACAUACUAAUCGAGUGCAGACCUCAGAAACAAACAGACCUAUAGAAGACUCUACGGAACUUGAGAAAAUCAAGAAGAAUAAGAUCUCUAAGAGUGUUUUCCUGGCGCAGAAGGCCUUAUUGGCAUUCAGGAAGGACCAGGCUAGUCGAGAGACCAAGAAAAUACUUGAGGAGGCCACAAUGCUGAUGGAGAAAGCCGAGCUGGAAGAGAGGAAGCUGGUUAGUUGUACAUUUCCUUCAGAGAACAGUUUAGGACUGGCAGAGAAGAGACAGCCACCACCAAUCCCAAUACUCCUGACACGAUCUAACUGCUCCAUGAUCUUCACACCUGCGCCAUACGCACUGGAAGAGGAGGUUAGCUGGUAUUGUAUUUAUGGAAGAGAUGCAGAGGGUAUCAACCUAAAAGUACGACUUAAAGACUGCUACCUACGUGGGACUGGAGAAAUGAUACCUGCCAAAGGUGAAUGUUUACUUCACGUAAGCGGGUUAAAACCUGAUAAGCAGUACAUUUUUGCAGUGGGUGCUUUUGAUGCUCAAGGCAAAAUGGUGGGCGGAGCCAUUGGAGAGACCACCAGACCUCUACUGGCCUCCCUGCCUCUACCACUGCUAACAACCUGGGCCCACAUAGCUCAGGUGGCUUAUCAGACAGGACUCCACAGCCUUGCCAAAAGAGCUUGUAAUGAGCUAUGGAGCCACUUUACCCUUCCUUCAAGCUCAAAUCUUGAGGUUCCAGAGUCGGAACAAGAAGCCAGUCUUGAAAGGCUGGCUCAAACAAGACUCCGCCCAGAGACCCUGCAGUUUUCUUCUCCUCUCCUACAGCAGCUGUUUUUCUCCACUAUUUUCAUCCAGACAGAUAUUCACAUCCAAGAGGGGGCACUAUUCUGUGACAGUCUCUGUGAUGGGGGGCCUUUGAUCUGGGGCCAGGAGGCCAGGCUUGCAGAGUGUGAACGGAUGCUGGUGGCCAUUGAUCUUGCGCUGCACCUCAAUGACAGCGCUGGCACCCUGCAGGCUGUAGUAAACUGUUACGGCCUUCUCGCUCCAUUAAUCUUCAAUCAGAUCCCUUCAGAGCCUGUCAUUGAGAUGCUGCUGAAGUGCUUUUCAGUACUGCUGGAGAUUCCAGAAGUCCUCAAGCAGAAACGCCCUGCUGCCACCACAGAGUCCCUGCAGCACAUGGUUGCCUGUAUGACUUAUUAUUUAGCCAAGAGCUUGCGCUCCACUCAGGAGAGUGGCAUGGCAUCAUCUGUGUUUGAGUCGGGAAAGAAACUACUUCAGGAAAUCACUGAGCCCCCUCUGCAACCUGCCAAACAAACAUCAUCAAUGGAGCAGAAUGGGAAGAAGACAGCUACCACGUAUGAUGAGGAUCCCAGUAAACAGCUAAAGAUUUUAGAGGUCAUGGUCAUGAAAAACAUGCAAGCAGAAACAUUAGGAAACUAUGGUGUCACUUCUUGUAACAAAACAGGGUCUCAUGGAUGUGAGCUCACUGGAGAGGAAGACCCUGUCGUACUCUACAUGGUGAUUGAAAACAGCCCCCUCCAGCAUGCCUUUAAAGAGGUGAUGAAGUUCAAGCAAAAGUCUUGUUUUCUGGAGUUUGUUGUGCACUUGCUCCAGAAAGCCCUGCUAGAAGAUGAGCUGGAUCUGGUGUUGCGGUGGGAGCAGAACAUCUUGAACUGGCUCAGCAGCCGUGAUGAGGCUCUGUUCGUGCUAAAGAAACACUCGAGUCUACCAGGAGAGGAGUGGAAAGAGUUCACAACCUCUGUGAUAGAGUACAAUACAGAGAAACAAAAAAGUGGCACCUUUUGGGGUGACAGGAAGUUGCUACAGAAAAGACUACUGAUUGCAUUCAAGAGCCGGAACUCUGAAAGAGAGGUCAAAGCUGUGGACAUCCUGAUAAAUCAACUUGCUGCUCUUAUCAGAAGACAUCAGCGCCUCUGGAAGCUGAGGCAGAUGCGCUCUGAGGAUUCGCUGUGGCGUUGCCAUGUCAAUCUGAGCCUGGCUCGUGCCCACCUAGGCAUGCUGAGGAAGAAUCUUGGACCACCUCCCCAGCUCUGUUUUAGUCAUCUAUCGCAGUCUUUCUUCUCUCUCGCUCAUUGUGGAAUGCUAAUUAUGUGGAAGAACGUUUCACUGCAAAUCAAGCCACCUGAAUUGACACUUCCAUGUCCCAAAUCUGUACCUCGUCCUGGAUCCCGUGCUAACAAAAGAAAAGUGAAACGCAAAGUUAAACACACUAAUCAAGCACCAAACACCAGUGAUGAGGAGUUGAACUCUGCAGACAGUGAAGUGGAAAGUGAAGUGGACUCUACAUUUCGGCACACCCACAACCCUGAAGCUGAUGACGCUCCUACUGGUCAAGCCACCUUUCAUUUACUGGACACACUUGACAAAGCCUCUAUAUACUUGCGCAGAGCUAUGGUGCUAGCACAUCGCUGGAGUCACUGGACAACUUUACAGUGGGUGUGUCGGACUCUGUGGGACCAAACCAGCACACUUGCCUUGAUGAUAGAGCGAGCCCAAGGCCCUGAUGCCCAUGCCAGACAGCUGACGAUAGAGCAGCUCUAUACAGUGAUCACUCCUCUACUGGUGCUGGCCUCAGAUCUUCUUAUGGACAUGAUGGAGAAGCUUAAGCUGUGGAAUGUUUAUGAUGAUGAAGAAGGGGAGCUUGAGGCCAGCUUGUACUUCUCUGCUCCAGUGGACGAUGGGACAAUGAUAGAUAUGCGCUGGCUGAGGACUCUGGUUCUGCACACAUUAGAGCUUCUGUACUACCAGUCCAAGUGGGAGAGUCUCGCCCACCUUGCACUACUUUUCAACACAUACACUAGGGAGCGCUACUCUCACAUGGUAACACCUGUUCUGGUGCAUGCACAGAGGAGGCUGUUGGACAGGAUCAGCUGUUUCGGUGGUCCUCCAGCCCCUCAACCUCACUUCACCUACACUGGGAUGAUCUCUGGAGAGAAGGUGACCUGCCGGAAUUAUGCAAGCAGACAAUUGCUGUUUCCUUGUGGAGAAGGUCGAAUUAUGAUUACUGCAAAUGAUACUAACCCAGAGCUCAAGGAACUUGCAGAUGUGAAGAGAGCCAUGUGUCUGGUGUGUGUACCGUUGGAUGUGAAGGACACACUGCAGUGUUUCAGAGAGACUCUGGAGAGAAGAAAUCAUGCACUGCUGACCUUUCAGCACAGCCGAACUCUACUCCUGCUGCUACUGGCUGACACACAGCACUCGUAUGUUGAGGUGCCAUUCUCUAAAGAGACCAACAGCGUUCUGCAGGGGAAAGUGGAAUUCAGCAUGGCAGCCUACAUCCCGCCAGGUGUCAGACCUCCAGACCUGUCCACAGAAGACUUCAACUCUCUGGGCUCCAUCUACAGCCCCACCCUCCCUACAUCACAGCUCCAGACUGUUUUCUCCUCCUACAACAAUGCAAUUAAAUAUCUUCAAGCAAAUAAGUACAACUCCCUCCAGGUGCAAGCACUCCAUGACCUUGGAAACCUGCAUUUCUUCAAUGGAAAUCGAAAAUCUGCACACUUUUUCUGGAGUAAGGGUUUGGACUGUGCUCUGCAAGACUCUGGAGUUCUGGAAUCUUGGGAUGGUGACUCAUGGAGCUGCAGCUCCUCCCAGGAAACCCUGCAGCAUGCUGGGAUAUGGGGUUGUCUCCAGGGAGCUUUGCUUUCCGCCAAAAUUGCACAGCACAUCCUGACUUCCAACAUUAACCAGCGCACAAAAUGCUGCCUUCUCUCUGCCAAACUCUUCAAGUGCCUACUCAUGGCCUCUAUGCCUCAUCCGAUGACAGACCUGUCAUACUCCACAUACUCUGUGGAGAUGGAGCUUAUCCCAGGCAUCGACCUCUUCUCUGAGCCGGACCGUGGGAAUCUAGGCACCACUAUUGCCAGUUUGUCCUUUCUCUGCCACUGGCUAUAUAGCUCAGGACACCUUCUCAAGUCUCUUCCUGUUCUGGCUCUGUACCUGUAUAUUGCCAGAACUGUGUGUCUGGAUCCACACCAUACUGUCAGAUGCAAAAUCCUGAAGAUAAAGGUAUUGACUGAGUUAGGGGCCUUCACUCAAGCGGUUCAAGAACUCAGUAAUCUCACAUUUGGCAUGGAAAUCCCUGUGCCUCGUGGAUGCCACCACAGAGUGGAGAAGCCAUCUUGGGCAAAGGAAACAUUUAAUGAAGGAAAACCACUGUUGGAUCCUUCCAAUCUUCAAGUUCUGGAAGAAGUGGUUAAUAGGAGGCCAAGUAAAGACAUCAUGGCUGUUUAUGGCUCAAGAUUCACCACAUGGCUGCUGAUGGCCAGAGUUCAUCUCAUCUUGGCUAUAUGUAGUACUAUACAAGACCUGCCUGAGCCACCGCCACCAGAGUUAUCCAAAUCUCAGGAGAAAAGUUUGCUUGAUGCCUCCAGCAGUGACGAGUCCAAGCGUCUCCAGCUCAGUGCCAGGAAACUCACAUUAGGAGAAGUCAAGGCCAUACUCCUAAAAGAAGCACAUGCUCUGGUUAGUCCUGAGCUCUUCACCCCACAUCCGCUGAGCAUUGAUCCUGAAGAAAUGGAGCUGGCAGUGGAGAUCAGACUGUUAAUGUCCAAUAUCAACAUGCAGCAGGGCAGAAUGGCUGCCAGUGCAGAUCUGUCAGUGUCUGCUUUGAGGCUCCUCCAGAGUUCUCUUGUGUUUCAAAGUGAUUUCCGCCCGCUACCUCCUCCUAAACCACCCUCCUCUGCUUUUAGACGACCCAGAGCCAAAGCAUAUCAGACUAGCUCCCGGGAUGCAAAGUCUGUUCUCGAUCUCCAUACUGGAGAUCUUCCAGAAGUGUUGGAAGCGAGAGAGCGCAUGGAUCUCCUUUUCUGGCUGCGCUGUAGGCUGGCAGUGGUUCGUUCCCUCGUAGGCCAUAUCCCUGGAACUGCAAUCUACUCUGGUACAGACAGUAGUGCAGAGGCGCUCCGGCUGCUGAAAGAGGGUCUGGCUGAGGCAGAGGCCUGGGGAGAUCCUGACACUAAAGCCCUCCUGCUCCUACAAGGCGUCCAACUCAACACACACCGUGGCAGACCCAGAGAAGACAGUACAGCCAUGCUACAGGAAAUUGUGAGCUUGUUGUCUGGGCGUAGUGCUCUAUCUCUGCGCUCUCAAAUGACUCUAGCUGAGGCUGCAUUAUUACUUAGUGAACUGAGAGGAACAGGAAGCCAGACUCUCCACCUCCUCACACAGAAACUACUGCAGAAACAGCUCUGUGCCACUGGAGAGUCUAUAGGUCUCAAAAAAGGAGGCGAGGUGGAACUACGAGCGGGCCUAAAGAAUAUUUAUCUUCCACAGCUUCCCCUGCUUGCCAAGACAACCAUGCGGAUUGGUCGCUCUUUGGCAUUGCAGGCCUUGUCACGUUCUUCUGAGGGAGUUGAGGAGCCCUGGAGGCCCUUAAUAUUUGCUAAAGAAGUUUUGCAGUCUGCACUCAGCAUCUCUCAGGCCUCUGCCAACAGAGACUGCCAGCUGGAGGCUGAUAUCCUCUACUGUACAGGAGUGGUGGGUAGACAUCUCAUUUCCAUGCAGAAAGCUGGUCCUCAGGAAGUCCUAGAGGCCUUGUUUGGGUGUUUAACCACAUUUAAGCACACUCAUGGCCAAAGUUUACGAUUGGCACAUAGGUGCUACCUGGAAGUGGCAUUGAUAUACUUGCAAGAGUUUGUGCAGAUUCCCCCUCCCCCUGGACAUCUGACUCCUUCCCCAUCAUCACCAACACCUGACGAGACCAGCAAGGAAACAGUCAGAGAGACCUACCUAUUGCUCUGCUGGAUUUGUUUGAGAAUAGCUUUAAAGACCUCCGAAGUUUUUGGCAAAUAUGGCCAUUUGCAUGGAUUCACUGGAGUAACUGAAGGCCCCGUACCCCUUUCUUCAAUAAAAGCCCUGCCUGACUUUGCAUUGAAUGAUCUUUUCCACCCUUGUGGGGGGCUAGAAAACCCUGAGAAUUGUAUCCCCAGACCUGAAGCAUUCAUAGACCCUGAGAGCGAGAUACACAGCAGGAAGUGCCCUCUGCUGACCUGGGUUCAUAUGUCCCGCUACUACAUGCACUUAAUCAACCUUCUACAGGUCUCCUCACAACCAGGUGCAAUGCAGGGUGUUGAUGGAUUGCUGUCCACGUCCGGUGACCCCAAACUUGCUCUCAGACUCUCAUAUUUGCACACCUUCUUCAGCUGUCACCAGCCAUCUUACAGAGGGCAGUGGGCCAUUCCUGAUCCCCUUGCAGCUCUAAUACUGACGCCUCAGCGAAUACAGCACGAUCAGCCCUUGUCAGAUCUGUUCCCCUGGGCCAACACGGACAUCCAGGAACUGAUCAUCCAGUGGUACAGACCCUCCUCCGAGGACAACAUGAUUCUGCUUCUGUUCACUGUGAAUAAAGCUCCUAUAUCAGCAAUAAACUCUACUGCAGACACAAUGGCUGUACUACAGGCUGGACAGAGAACAAUCUGUUUGGACAGGCUGAUGGCUGUUCAUGCCUUACUGAGCUCAACAUGUGUAGAGGUUGAUGGGCAUGUUUCACCCUCCUCCAGCUCAGCCUCCUCCUUCAGCCCAGAAGAGCAGAACAGAACGGCUACCUCCACCCCACACCAACAGGAAAUGCUUUUGGAAAAGGCCAAACAUGUUUGCACUGAGAUCAGGAAUUUUUUGAAGCCUGAUUUCAAUUCAGCACCCGUCACAGAGAUGCCCUUUGACCCAAGCAUGCAGACUCUUCAGAACCUGGAACGCUGCUUUAAUCCUGCAACAGGUGGCACGCUGCAAGAUACAGUCCUCGUCACGUGGCUCCUCUCUCUUCUGAGUUAAAACCUGGAGCCAUGAUCUGCCCUGGAUUCAUAAGAUAA